AUGACGGAAGUCGCGCGGCAGUCAAAUGGAGGCCCAUCGAGUGAAAUGAAGGCUCCAAAGGAUGUGGACAACAGCAAAGAUGCUCCCUCAACGACUGCGCCCAAACAUAGUUCACCCGCACGCGACAAGCGCUCUGCUGCAGACUCUGAAGCACCCACGAAAAGUGCAAAGAAGCGUAGAAAGGUCAAUCAUGGCGUCAAGAAGUCCAAAUCAGACGCAGAAACCACUACGGGAGAGAGCGACACUCCUAAAAAUGGCACGCUUAGCUCCGAUGCCACAGUAGAGACCCUCCCUCAGCAGCCAGACGCCCCAGAUGCAGGGCUCAACCUGGCGCCACCUCCUCUGCUUGAUCAAGUUGCCAGCACAGCGUCUGUUACGGAGCCCAAUCCCGUAUCUGCGCCACAAGUACCAUCAUUGAACUCUGGUAGCUCGUCGUUAUUGAACUACAAUGAUUUAUACUCCUCCACCCAGAACAACUUUCAAGACAUGCAUCAGUUUCAUCCAUCCUACAUGUUCAACACUACCGAAGUGAGCAACGAGUAUAAUUUGCUCAACGAUUUCCUCAACGGCAACUUCAUGGACGACGGAGCUUUUUACGGUGGUGGCGACUUCCACUCCUUGUUCACUGAUGCCUCCUUAAUGAAUCCGAUGGGCACUCUCACGAACACUUCCACUUUCGAUCCGAACACCUCUAGAAAUACGCAACUGUUACCACCCCCCGCCCAGACCGCUAGUGGUCAGACCAUUCAGCGGCGGCCUAGCGGAGUCCCAUCUGACAAGGCUCGCGAGAGGUACCUCAUGACAGCCGCGGACCCUGCCGGCUCUGACAGUCCCGAAGAACGAAUGAACAAAUUGCUAAAAGCCAAAAUGGACGCUGGACUUCUCAAGCCUUUCAACUACGUCAAAGGUUACGCACGGCUCAAUCAAUACAUGGAGCAAAAUCUGCAGCACAUUUCCAAGGUGCGAGUGCUACGGCAGCUCGACAGGUUCCGUCCCAAGUUCCGAGAGCGCAUGGAGAAGUUGACGGACGUUGACCUGGUGCGUAUUGAAAUGUGGUUCGACAAGAGUUUGAUGGAGUAUGACCGCGUCUUCGCAAGCAUGGCCAUACCCGCUUGCUGCUGGCGGCGAACGGGCGAGAUUUACAGAGGGAACAAGGAGAUGGCAAAACUCAUUCAUGCUCCCAUGUCAAAGCUGCGAGAUGGCAACAUAGCUCUACACGAGAUCAUUGCUGAGCCAUCUCUGGUGUCAUAUUGGGAGAAGUUUGGUGCCAUAGCUUUCGAUCACACACAGAAGGCCAUUCUCACCAGCUGCUCGCUGAAGAACCCCGAUCCGAACUCAUCAGACCCAGAGAUCCGAUGCUGCUUCUCGUUUACAGUGAAGCGCGAUAUGUGGAACAUACCGGCAUUGAUUGUGGGCAACUUCCUCCCGAUCACCGAGGCCACAUCUGGCCCUCCAACCUCUUCGUAAUAGUCAUGAUAGUCACUACAGACGGUGUAAUUGUAGAGUAAUGCUUGCUAGGCUAGCACUAGCUCGAUGUACAAUUGUUGUAUGCGAUCUUGGGAUGUCUUAACAAUGGUAUGGUGGGCUUUGGCACGGCUGCAGGCGUUGUUUGACUAUUUCUUGAGUAGGUAUCUGGGCUACUGGUUAACCACUGUCAAUCAAAUGCUUCCGCUGCCC